GACGAAUAAGAAGAAUAAGAAGAAGGAGAUAGAAGGGGAAAAGGAGGAUAUUCAUCAGGUUGAUGGUCACCCAGUUCAGUGGUAUUUCCGCAUAAAGACCGAGACCUUGAGCCGGCAAACAAGUUGGCGUUAAUCAUCAAAGGCUACUGUACCUUUUAUACCGUACAGUAUUGUGUACUGUGUACAUAACAUCGAUAUUUACACGUGUGUUGUCUGUGCGCUAUUGUAGAUGUCCCGUUGUUGUCAUAGCGUGUUUACAUUAGGUGACAGUGCUAGGAGAUAAGUGUGCAAGUAACGAGGAGGGACACAAUAAUUGGUGUGUCGUUAGGCCAUCGUUGGGGUUUUAUUCUACCAUGUCCCGGUCGACUGCCAGGAUAUCAUCGUGGUUCACUAUUAUUCAACUUCUCGUGGCGGAAAGUCAACAGUGGUCCAUGUUCAAUAUGUGGCCUGGCUUUGGGCAAUAUCCGCUCGAGUGGAGCAACCAUCAAAAUAUUCAGAACCAACAAAUUCAGCCCAGAGUUUUAAACUUUUUCCCCGUUCCGGUGGAAGAAGAAUGCCGCUCGGAGGAUCAACGCCGACGUGGAAUAUGCAUGAACACCUACGAGUGUCGAAUCCAACAAGGCAAAUCACACGGACCAUGUGCUCUCGGUUUUGGUGUUUGCUGUGUCUUUACAACAGGCUGCGGGGGCGAGGUGAUUAACAACUUGACGUAUGUGGUGAGUCCUGGGUUUCCAAAUCUGGUCGAUCAGCCUUUGAAUUGUUCAGUGGUCAUCAGAAAAAUCGAGUCUCAAGUCAGCCAGAUGAGAAUCGACUUUAUUCACUUUAAUAUUGGUCAACCAAAUCUACGGACUGGCGUCUGCGACGAGGACGUUAUGGAGAUCACCAGCGAUGUGCGGACAUUCCAGCUGUGCGGUUGGAAUAGCGGCCAGCAUAUGUACGUGGACGUAACCGACGGCCCGGUGACCCUAAAUCUGAGGCUGCCACGGAAUCUUCAAUCACGUAUGUGGGAGAUGUCCAUAACGCAAUUGCCAUUCGAGCAGCGUGCACCGGCAGGUUGUCUCCAGUAUUUCACCGAGCCUAGAGGUACCGUGAAAACCCUGAAUUACUUGCCAAACGGGCGGUACCUGGCCAACCAGGACUACCUAAUUUGCAUGCGCCAGGAAAAAGGCUCAUGCAGCAUCGCCUAUUUUCCAUGCUCCAAUGACUCAUUCCGGAUUGGUCCUUCGAGGUUUCGCCGGCAAACUACGAUGGAAAACUCCACUGGAACUGGUGCCGCCGAUCAAGCCUCUCUAGAUGAUGAAGGAUCCGGAACGGGACCCGUUGAUGACGCUAUUGUUGACGCAGCUCCAAUACGUCGGUGCGUCGACCGAAUUCUCAUUCCCUGUGAUUUCGAGGAAUUCAUUACGCCGGGGAACGACGGCGCUGGAAUAUGCGAUAUGGAGCAUUGCGGAACUUCUCUGUGUAUGACGAGUGAAUUUGAUGCUGACGGUAAUUGCCGAGUUGAAACAUCAGCCACUCCAUUUAACAUCAGGGUGGCGUUUGGGAUGGGUGAUCAAAACAACACGUAUCCUGUUGACAUGACGGGCAUGUGUCUCAACUAUGAACAGCUUGAAUGUGCUUCGUAAUAUCCUAGUCUUUAGUUAUUUCUAUUUAUAUCUCUCUCUUUUAUAAGGACUGUGAUUUCGCUCAAGUUGAAAUGCUCCCAGAUGAUUAUGCUUCAAGCUUAAUUGUUUAAAAUAUAAGUUCAGUUUAUGAGGCCUUUUAUAGUCGUAGUUAACUGUUAAAUUUUCACAUGCAUGAUAAGAAGUGUAAUAGAAUAUAAGUUUCAAAUGCAAUUCUUGCCAUUUACACGAUUUCUGUUACUCUUAUUACUACACUAAAAAAAGGUUUUUUCCUCCCAGAAUACAAAGUAUUAUUGAGCGAAUAUUCUUACUGAAAGGAAACUGUUAUAAUCCCCACAGCAAUACCAAGUUUAAUCCUGGGACUAUUACUCCAUGCGACUAUAGUACAGCAAUAGUAAUAGAAACGCGAUCAAUUUCCUUAUUUUUACCUUAUGUUGGUGAUUGUUAUGUAAAAAGCAACUGUUUCCUUGAAAAUUGUUAAACCCUAAAAAAUUAUCCUUGCACAGUAAUAAAAGUGUUGGUUAACAUUUAUUGAUUAAUAUCUGCAAUUAUUGAUAGUUCGGUAAUAAGUAAAGUUGAGUUUAAUUUCCCGGGUCGAAAAAUUUAAACUGAUUUUAAGCUAAAUGAUCGGCAUUUGAACUUAUUGAUCUGUAUUUGAACUUUUAAAAACAUUUUCAUUUGUAUUUGAUCUACUAUUCAAAUUAUGUUUGAUCUGUUUUAAGUCUAAAUAACCUUUUAGUAAAAUAAUUGAGCAGCUAUGAAUAUUUUAUGCUGUUUCUAAUCUGAUGACACUAAA